GCUGCUGUGGGGCGGCGGGUUGCAGCCAGCAGAGCGCGCCGACCCGGGGAGGCGGCGGUGUCCGCGGGCGUCGCGUGAGGAGGCUCGGAGCCUGAAGACUCGCGCCGCGCAAUGGCACCCAUUGGCCUCAAAGCCGUGGUCGGAGAGAAGAUCUUGCAUGAUGUGAUAAAGAAGGUAAAGAAGAAGGGGGAGUGGAAGGUGCUGGUGGUCGAUCAGCUGAGCAUGAGGAUGCUGUCCUCCUGCUGUAAGAUGACAGACAUCAUGACCGAGGGGAUAACAAUUGUGGAAGAUAUCAACAAGUGCAGGGAGCCGCUGCCCAGCCUGGAGGCUGUGUAUCUCAUCACUCCGUCUGAGAAGUCUGUCCGCUCUCUCAUCAAUGACUUUAAGGACCCACCGACCGCUAAGUACCGGGCUGCCCAUGUCUUCUUCACCGACUCUUGUCCAGAUGCCCUGUUUAACGAGCUGGUAAAAUCUCGAGCGGCCAAAGUCAUCAAAACCCUGACGGAAAUCAACAUUGCAUUUCUCCCCUACGAGUCCCAGGUGUAUUCCUUGGACUCUGCUGACUCUUUCCAGAGCUUCUACAGUCCCCACAAGGCUCAGAUGAAGAAUCCUAUACUGGAGCGCCUGGCAGAGCAGAUCGCAACUCUGUGUGCCACCCUGAAGGAGUACCCAGCUGUGCGGUACCGGGGGGAAUACAAGGACAAUGCCUUGCUGGCCCAGCUAAUCCAGGACAAGCUCGACGCCUACAAAGCUGAUGACCCGACUAUGGGGGAGGGCCCAGACAAGGCUCGCUCCCAGCUCCUGAUCCUGGACCGCGGUUUCGACCCCAGUUCCCCUGUACUUCAUGAACUGACCUUUCAGGCUAUGAGUUACGAUCUGCUGCCUAUUGAGAAUGACGUGUACAAGUAUGAGACGAGUGGCAUCGGAGAGGCACGGGUGAAGGAAGUGCUUCUGGAUGAGGAUGACGACCUCUGGAUAACACUGCGCCACAAGCACAUCGCAGAGGUGUCCCAGGAAGUCACCCGUUCUCUGAAAGACUUUUCUUCUAGCAAGAGAAUGAACACCGGGGAGAAGACCACUAUGCGGGACCUGUCCCAGAUGCUGAAGAAAAUGCCCCAGUACCAGAAAGAGCUCAGCAAGUAUUCGACCCACCUGCACCUUGCCGAGGACUGCAUGAAGCAUUACCAAGGCACUGUGGACAAGCUCUGCCGAGUGGAGCAGGACCUGGCCAUGGGCACGGAUGCUGAAGGCGAGAAGAUCAAGGACCCAAUGCGAGCCAUUGUCCCCAUUCUGCUGGAUGCAAAUGUCAGCACUUAUGACAAAAUCCGCAUCAUCCUUCUCUACAUCUUUCUGAAGAAUGGCAUCACUGAGGAAAACCUGAACAAACUGAUCCAGCAUGCCCAGAUCCCCCCGGAGGACAGUGAGAUUAUCACCAACAUGGCGCACCUGGGAGUGCCCAUCGUCACAGAUUCCACGUUGCGUCGCAGGAGCAAGCCAGAACGGAAGGAGCGCAUCAGUGAGCAGACCUACCAGCUCUCAAGAUGGACCCCGAUUAUUAAAGACAUCAUGGAGGACACCAUUGAGGACAAACUCGACACCAAGCACUACCCUUAUAUCUCUACCCGCUCCUCUGCCUCCUUCAGCACCACCGCUGUCAGUGCCCGCUAUGGGCACUGGCAUAAGAACAAGGCCCCCGGGGAGUACCGCAGUGGUCCCCGCCUCAUCAUUUUCAUCCUGGGAGGCGUGAGCCUGAGUGAGAUGCGCUGUGCCUACGAGGUGACCCAGGCCAACGGCAAGUGGGAGGUGCUCAUAGGAUCCACGCAGAUUCUCACCCCACAAAAACUGCUGGACACGCUGAAGAAACUGAAUAAAACAGAUGAAGAAAUAAGCAGUUAAAAAAAAUUAGCCACCCCUCCAAAAAGCGAGCCCUCUUCCUUCCAUGCUCUGCUGCCGACCGCCUUGGUUACGUUGCUGACCUGUCCCUCCUUCCUCCCGGCUCUGCACGCCUGGCCGGCGCCACCGCCGCCGACUUCUUGUGUUCAAUGAUGCCCUCUUCUCGUCUGAAACAAAAGAAAAUAAUGCAUUGUUUUUU